AUGGCUGGUGGCCUCAAGAAGCACCCAUGGCUGGGUACUCUCCUCAACAGCCUCCUCCAUGGGGAGGUACACAGGGAUAUCCUCAACAUGCUCCAUGUUCGUCACUCUGCUUCUCCAGAUCCCAUGUCCCAGGGGUUGCCGGUGCCUCCCCCCUUCCCUACACCACCACCGGGCUUCAACAGGCAUUACCAAACCAGUGCCCAGCAGCUCCCAGAAGAGACCGAGUUGCAACGUCGAAAGCGGCAAGCCCUCGAAAGGAUGUCGGCGCCGCCUCCUCCUGUUGCUGCUGCUGAGAGUGUGCAACGACGCUCAGGUCCUGACUCUGGGUAUGGUCCUGCCCCCGAUCCCAACGAUAAAGAAGCCUUCGAGGCUUAUCGCCGUGCUUGUUGGUUGAAGUACUACCAGCACAUGGCGGCACUCCAGACUCCUGAAGAGUCAGAUGACCAUCAUCAUCAACAGCAACAACAACAACAACAACAACAACAACAGAAGCAGUCCUCGACGGUUACUCCAAUGGAUGAUGAUGACGAUGAAGACGAUGAUAUCAACAAGGAGCUGCUCGGUCUCUAG